GACUGAGAAAGAGACAGAGAGAGAGAGUUACAGAGAGAGAGAGACUGAGAAAGAGAGAGACAGAGAGAGAGACUGAGAGAGAGACAGAGAGAGAGAGUUACAGAGAGAGAGAGACUGAGAAAGAGAGAGACAGAGAGAGAGAGUUACAGAGAGAGAGAGAGACUGAGAGAGAGACAGAGAGAGAGAGUUACAGAGAGAGAGAGACUGAGAAAGAGAGAGACAGAGAGAGAGUUACAGAGAGAGAUAGACUGAGAAAGAGAGAGACAGAGAGAGAGAGAGUUACAGAGAGAGAGACUGAGAAAGAGAGAGACAGAGAGAGAGUUACAGAGAGAGAGAGACUGAGAAAGAGAGAGACAGAGAGAGAGUUACAGAGAGAGAUAGACUGAGAAAGAGAGAGACAGAGAGAGAGAGAGUUACAGAGAGAGAGACUGAGAAAGAGAGAGACAGAGAGAGAGUUACAGAGAGAGAGAGACUGAGAAAGAGAGAGACAGAGAGAGAGAGUUACAGAGAGAGAGAGACUGAGAAAGAGAGAGACAGAAAGAGACAGAGAGAGAAACGACGGAGAAAGAGAAGUAGAAAGAGAGCGAGAGAGACACAGAGAGACAGAGAGACGGAAAGAGAAACGACAGAGAGAGAGAGAUAAAUGACAGAGACAGAGAGAGAGAGAGAGAGAGACGACAGAGAGAGAAGUAGAAAGUGACGCAGACAGAGACGCAGAGAGAGACAGAGAGACGCAGAGAGAGACACAGAGAGAGACAGAGAGAGAGAGACGGAGAGAGAAACGACAGAGAGAGAGAGCCCCUUGAAUUGAAUUGAAUUGAGAGAGAGAGAUAAAUUACACAGAGAGAGAGAAACGACAGAGAGAGAGAGAAACAUGUUUCCCAUGCCAAUAAAGCCCUUGAAUUGAAUUGAGUUGAAUUGAGAGGUAGAAAGUGACGCAGAGAGACGCGGAGAGAGAUGCAGAGAGAGACGCUGACAGAGACAGAGAGAGAGACAGAGAGAGAGAGGGAGAGAGGGAGAGAGAGAGAGAGACGGAGAGAGAAACGACAGAGAGAGAGAGAAACGACAGAGAGAGACCAUGGCACAGAAAGAGAAGCUCCAGUGUCUGAAGGACUUCCAUAAGGACACGCUGAAGCCUUCCCCGGGGAAGAGCCCUGGCACCCGGCCCGAGGACGAGGCAGAGGGGAAGCCCGUCCAGAGGGAGAAGUGGAACUCCAAACUGGACUUUAUCCUGUCCGUCGCUGGGGGCUUCGUGGGUUUAGGGAACGUCUGGCGUUUCCCAUACCUCUGCUAUAAGAAUGGCGGAGGUGCAUUUCUCAUCCCGUACACUAUCUUCCUCUUUGGCGGCGGUCUCCCUGUGUUCUUCCUGGAGGUGGCCCUGGGACAAUAUACCUCCGAGGGUGGAAUCACCUGCUGGGAAAAACUUUGCCCCAUCUUUACUGGUAUCGGCUACGCUUCUAUUGUGAUCGUGUCUCUCCUGAACAUCUACUACAUAGUGAUCCUGGCCUGGGGUUUGUACUACCUGUUCCAGUGCUUCCAGCCGGAGCUGCCCUGGGCCAAGUGUAAGAACUCCUGGAACACAGACCGCUGUGUGGAGGACACCGUCCGUAAGAACAAGACCCUGAUGCUGGCCGCUAACAUCACCAACUUCACCUCGCCCGUCACUGAGUUCUGGGAACGUAAUGUCCUCAGCAUCUCCAGUGGCAUUGAUGAGAUCGGGGAGGUCAAGUGGGACCUGGCCCUCUGUCUGUUGGGGGUCUGGGUUAUCUGCUUCUUCUGCAUCUGGAAGGGAGUCAAAUCUACCGGAAAGGUUGUUUACGUCACCGCUACCUUCCCCUUCGUCAUGCUGAUCAUUCUGUUGAUCCGCGGCGUCACUCUGCCAGGAGCAUCUGAAGGAAUCAAGUUCUACCUGUACCCAGACCUGCAACGUCUCAAAGACCCCGAGGUUUGGAUUGAUGCUGGCACUCAGAUCUUCUUCUCCUAUGCCAUCUGUCUGGGAGCUAUGACGUCACUGGGGAGCUACAACAAGUACAAAUACAACUGCUAUAGGGACUGUUUGCUGCUGGGAGGCCUGAACAGCGGUACCAGUUUUGUGUCUGGCUUCGCAAUAUUUUCCGUCCUGGGCUUCAUGGCACAAGAGCAAGGGGUGGACAUUGCCGAUGUGGCAGAGUCAGGUCCUGGCUUGGCCUUCAUUGCCUAUCCUAAAGCUGUGUCUAUGAUGCCGCUACCAACCUUCUGGGCUAUCCUCUUCUUCAUCAUGCUUCUGCUGCUGGGUCUCGACAGUCAGUUUGUGGAAGUGGAAGGACAGAUCACUUCCUUGGUGGAUCUGUAUCCCUCCUUCCUAAGGAAGGGUUACCGUCGGGAAAUUUUUAUAGCUAUUGUGUGCUCCAUAAGCUAUCUUCUGGGACUUACCAUGGUUACUAGGGGUGGCAUGUAUGUAUUUCAGCUCUUUGACUACUAUGCAGCCAGCGGAGUGUGCCUUUUGUGGGUUGCAUUCUUUGAAUGUAUUGCUGUAGCCUGGGUUUAUGGCGUUGAUAAUUUCUAUGAUGCGAUUGAAGACAUGAUUGGCUACCGACCAAAUCCCUGGAUGAAAUGGAGCUGGUCUGUGAUCACGCCUCUUCUUUGUGUGGGUUGCUUCAUUUUCUCCUUGGUCAAAUAUAAACCUUUGACGUACAACAAGGUCUACGAGUACCCCGACUGGUCCAUCGGUGUGGGCUGGACUCUGGCCCUGGCUUCUAUGAUCUGUAUUCCUAUGGUGGUGGUCAUCAAGAUCAUCCAGUCCGAUGGACCACUCAUAGAGAGGAUCAAGGCUGUGGCGGCUCCACUAGGAGGUGCUAGCUCCCGUCCAGCCGACCACCGUUCUAAGGGCAAGGCUUGCGAGCUGACCUUCCCGCUGGACCCCAACGGGAACAACGGCCUGAUCAAGCCCACCCACACUAUUGUAGAAACCAUGAUGUGAGCGCUCUCUGUGAGAGGAAAGAUUCUUUUUUUUUUUCUUUUUUAAAUACCCGCUUUCUAUGUUAUUAUACUAUAUUAUCGCUAAACUAGUUGUAGGACCAGGUUUACAUGUAUCUGCACUAGGACGGUUCUUUUUUUGUUUUGUUUUUCUACAGAGGAAGUUACAUUAUUGGAUUUCCUGUCUAUGUUUUUAAUAUUUUUUUAUUAAACUAUUGUUAAGAAUAUUACUGUUAUUCUGAUUGGAUGAAGUUAAAAGUAAAAAAAAAAAAAUUGAUCUCCAAGUCACAUGGAGCAGCAGUAUCUUAUAAGAACAGAAUCAGACAUACCUUCUUAUUUUCCCCCUGUUGAAUUAUUAGUGGUCUGUCUCUAUUUUGGCGUGGAUACUUAAAAAAAGAAAAAGAAAAAAAAGAAGGCUGUAUAAAACCCGGAAGAACGAAAUGUGUGUCGUGGUUUCAGCUGUAACAUUUGAUCAACCUAGUUGCUCUCAGCUUUAACUAAUGUCUAUAGUUACGAUAAUAUCGUGGAGGUGGUGCCUCUUGUAUACAGUGAGAUUAGUCCAGUGUGUUUUGUCGUUGAUGUUUGUUGUAAAAUUUACAGCUGAACCUGAACGUACCUCCACUACUAAGCUGAGUUCAGGGUCCAAGAACAUCUCAUCUACAGUUGCGGGCCACUAAAACAAAAACAAAAAUGAAACCCUGUACCUGUCUGCUGUACCGGGUUUUGUGACAAACAAUUGCUAGAAGGCACUUGAGCAUCUUGACCCAAUUGUUUUGCCAGUUUAUAUAUAUAUAUAUAUAUAUAUAUAUAUAUAUAUAUAUAUAUAACACUGCAGUGCAACCUAACGUUUUAGUGCCAGCAACUGUACUUGGCUGUGGAGGUACAGACCUGUCCUCCCUGUACGGUGUACUGUGUACAUACAGUCAGCCCAACUCCAUUUUAGACUAGACUGCAAUAGGUGUGGACACUACUGCUACGUACCAUCCAUCCAUCCCUGUGCAUACAGUAGCUACAUAAACAUGUGUUUAAAGUCUCUGUUUUAUUAUUUUUACUUAAAUAAUGCAGUGCGUUUUCCUUUUAUUCUUAGUGUUUUAGUCUCUUGUCGUAUUUCUGGCUAUAGACAGAGGACGUGACAUAGUGGCAAGUCAAUGAGAAGCACAACAGCACACUAUAUAACGCAUUUACCAUCUCUUAAGUCUGUCUGUUCCAUGAUUGAUAGGAGUCUAAAGGACCUGCCAUAAUGACAUAAAUACAUUAAUGUAUACUCACCAUACAGUAACUAUUGAAGUACAACUUAAUGUAUAUUCCCCAUACAAUAACUAUUGAAGUACAACUUAAUGUAUACUCCCCAUACAGUAACUAUUGCUCAUUAAGGAACCAUCCAAAUGCAAGCAAACCUCUUAUGAAUCAGAUCUUUCCAUUGAAUUGCUGUAGGCUAGGUCAGUGAAAUUCUGAUGUAAUUGAUUAAUAUAGUAAUUGACUAAUAUACUAACUAAUAAUAUCCACUCCCUGCAGCCUUCUCACACUAAGCUUAGUUUCAAAUAUUAUAUCAGUACAGCUUUUAAAAGAGGCAGAAACAAUUCAAACAAAAGCCUGUUGAGAUUUGGAGCGUUUAUGAUUCACAAUGCAAAGAUAUUCUUCACAAUGCAAAGAUAUUCUGUCGUUCUGCCCCUGAACAGGCAGUUAACCCACUGUUCCUAGGCCGUCAUUGAAAUUAAGAAUUUGUUCUUAACUGACUUGCCUAGUUAAAUAAAGGUAAAAUAAAUAAAAAUUAAACAUUGUGUCUUAGUGUCACACUUGGGUUGAGACAUACUCUUGUCGUAAAGAAUGUUGCUAAAAUAAAAUAGCGCUCACACAUUUCAUAUAAAGAGGCACCAUUUCUUCAGGCCUAUAACGGAGAUGCUACAGGGAACGGUCUUACAUUAAAGACAUUUAGCAGACGAUCUUAUCCAGAGCAACUUACAGAAGUGAAUAUAUACAUCUUUGUACUGAUCCACCGUAGGAAUCGAACCCACAAGCGUUGCAAGCACCACACUCUACCAAAUCAAAAGUGUAUUUGUCACGUGCGCCGAAUACAACAGGUAGUUAGCUAGCUAGUUACCUGUAACAAAUCGCAAGUAGUUAGCUAGCUAGAUACCUGUAACAAAUCACCAGUAGUUAGCUAGGUAUCUAGCUAGCUAGACCUAACAGUGAAAUCCUUACUUACAAGCCCUUAACCAACAGUGCAAUUUUCAAGUAAAAAAUAGGUAUUAUGUAAACAAUAGAUAAGUAAAUCAAUUUAAAAAACAGUACAAUGAAAGUGAAAUUAACAGUAGCGAGGCUAUAUACAGGUGGUACCGGUACAGGGUUAAUGUGGAGGCUAUAUACAGGUCGUACCGGUACAGGGUCAAUGUGGAGGCUAUAUACAGGUGGUACCGGUACAGGGUUAAUGUGGAGGCUAUAUACAGGGGGUACCAGUACAGGGUUAAUGUGGAGGCUAUAUACAGGUGGUACCGGUACAGAGUCAAUGUGGAGGCUAUAUACAGGGGGUACCGGUACAGGGUUAAUGUGGAGGCUAUAUACAGGGGGUACCAGUACAGGGUCAAUGUGGAGGCUAUAUACAGGGGGCACCGGUACAGAGUCAAUGUGGAGGCUAUAUACAGGUGGUACCGGUACAGGGUUAAUGUGGAGGCUAUAUACAGGUGGUACCGGUACAGGGUCAAUGUGGAGGCUAUAUACAGGUGGUACCGGUACAGGGUCAAUGUGGAGGCUAUAUGCAGGUGGUACCGGUACAGAGUCAAUGUGGAGGCUAUAUACAGGGGGUACCGGUACAAAGAUAUUCUUCACAAUGCAAAGAUAUUCUUCUUAGAAUGAAAUGUUGAAAUGUGAACUCCCACGUAGUGAAUGGAAACUUUGGUUGAUUCUAUUUACGUUGAAUAUUUUUAUUUUAAAUGUUGUUGUAUACAAUUAGAAAACGUUUAUUUUUACUUUGAUUGUUUUUCUAUCACAUUUUUUUGCCUUUUUGUAUUCAAAAUGUAAAAUGUAAAAAUGGCCAGCCCGUCUCCACACUUCCUGAGGAUGAAACGUCAUUUAACAACUUGCUGUUAAUCAACAAAACUGCAAUUUGUAAUGUGCAAUACUUUGUAGAAAGAUAAGUCUGUUUUCCACUCUGUUUUUUAUUUAUUUUGGAAGUAUGGAGAAAAGAGGAAAAAACAUUCUAAAACAAUGCGAGAGACAAAAAAACUACAAUUUCAGGGGCCAAUGAAAACCACAAAAUGUUAUGCCAUAAUAUCAACAAAGAAACAAUGUUCAUUGCAGUAGUAUCAUUCUCUGUCAUAACACACAGACACACACAAUUUGAUUCAUCUUUAUCAACAUAUAUACACAAAUAUUGUCGCAAUGAAAGUAAUCCUGCCAUUUUAUAACUAUUGACUCAAUAGUCUGAAUUGACCUGUGAUGUACAGGUGACAUUCUAAAAUGACGUACAGGUGACAUUCUAAAAUGACGUACAGGUGACAUUCUAAAAUGACGUACAGGUGACAUUCUACAAUGACGUACAGGUGACAUUCUAAAAUGACGUACAGGUGACAUUCUACAAUGACGUACAGGUGACAUUCUAAAAUGACGUACAGGUGACAUUCUAAAAUGACGUACAGGUGACAUUCUAAAAUGACGUACAGGUGACAUUCUAAAAUGACGUACAGGUGACAUUCUACAAUGACGUACAGGUGACAUUCUAAAAUGACGUACAGGUGACAUUCUAAAAUGACGUACAGGUGACAUUCUAAAAUGACGUACAGGUGACAUUCUACAAUGACGUACAGGUGACAUUCUAAAAUGACGUACAGGUGACAUUCUAAAAUGACGUACAGGUGACAUUCUAAAAUGACGUACAGGUGACAUUCUAAAAUGAUGUACAGGUGACAUUCUAAAAUGACGUGCAGGUGACAUUCUAAAAUGACGUACAGGUGGGUGACAUUCUAAAAUGAUGCUGCCACCAAACUUAGGCCUACCUGUGAUUCAGAGGUGUUAAAUGUGGAAGACAUUUCAGUUGAAUGCAUUCAGUUGUUUAACUGACGAGGUAUCCCCUUUUACUUUUACCAUAGUGCUGUUAGUUUGUAUAGGAGAUUAUGACCCGCAGAAAUUAAACGCGAGUAGUUAGCUAGCUAGAUACCUGUAACAAAUCACUAGUAGUUAGCUAGCUAGGUACCUGUAACAAAUCACUAGUAGUUAGCUAGCUAGAUACCUGUAACAAAUCACUAGUAGUUAGCUAGCUAGGUACCUGUAACAAAUCACUAGUAGUUAGCUAGCUAGGUACCUGUAACAAAUCGCUAGUAGUUAGCUAGCUAGAUACCUGUAACAAAUCACUAGUAGUUCGCUAGCUAGGUACCUGCAACAAAUGACUAGUAGUUCGCUAGCUAGGUGCCUUACAGGUGCCGUAUCAAAGAAGCUCACUGAAAACCAAAUGAAAAAGCAUUAUUAUGGUGAAGAUAAUGGCACCCAGUCCAUCGCUGGAGAUUGGAGAAAUCUAUCACAGAUAGAAAACAUAAUGUUAAACUUCUUUAACUCUCCUGCCUCGUAUACAUUACAUUACAUACCUUCAUAAGAAUGUACAAGGGGAAAUGUUUUUAAUCCAUAAAGAAGAAACCUUUUUAAAAAUACAAUUUGAAAGAUUUUAUUUUUUAUUUCUAUGGCGCUAAAUAACCUGUAAAGCAAAAAUGUGUAUUUAAAACGAGGGUUUUACCGAGAAAAACGUAAAAUCUUUUUAUUUCUAAAUAAAAAAAAAAUAUUUGUUAAAAAAGCCUUUGCUCAUGUGCAGUGAGAGUGUCCCAUGGUGAGUCUAUAGGGCACAUUAUAAAGCAGCCAGCUUGCACUUUAGUCAUUCAACAUCAUAAUUAUCCAUAUAAUAAAUCAUAAUAAUAGAUUGGAUUUAUAUGGAGCUUUUCCAGAUGCAUUACAUAGCAAAAAGGGGGGGGGGGGGGAGUCACCUCAUCCACCACCAUUGUGAAGCAUGGCGGCCAUUUUGGAGAAUCAACUCCCACCACAUAUCCGCUAUCAUGACGGAGAGGUGAGGAGGACCUAUUGCUGGGUGUAUGGACCCAGUGCUCCCUCCCAAACCCCCACACUAGGGGGCUAAGACCGCUACACCACAGGCUUAUCCAGGGCAGUUUAGCCUCUUGUCCCCUAUCACCCCACAACAAGGCUGCUUCCAAGACAAAUUACUUAAGAGGCUUGUGUAGUUAGUACUACACAUUCACUUUGGGGCGGCAGGGUAGCCUAGUGGUUAGAGUGUAGAGGCGGCAGGGUAGCCUUAGUGGUUAGAGUGUAGAGGUGGCAGGGUAGCCUAGUGGUUAGAGUGUAGAGGCGGCAGGGUAGCCUUAGUGGUUAGAGUGUAGAGGCGGCAGGGUAGCCUUAGUGGUUAGAGUGUAGAGGCGGCAGGGUAGCCUAGUGGUUAGAGUGUAGAGGCGGCAGGGUAGCCUAGUGGUUAGAGUGUAGAGGCGGCAGGGUAGCCUAGUGGUUAGAGUGUAGAGGCGGCAGGGUAGCCUAGUGGUUAGAGUGUAGAGGUGGCAGGGUAGCCUAGUGGUUAGAGCGUUGGACUAGUAACCGAAAGGUUGCAAGUUCGAACCCCCGAGCUGACAAGGUACAAAUCUGUCGUUCUGCCCCUGAACAGGCAGUUAACCCACUGUUCCUAGGCCGUCAUUGAAAAUAAGAAUUUGUUCUUAACUGACUUGCCUAGUAAAAUAAAGGUAAAAUAAAUAAAAAUUAAACAUUGUGUCUUAGUGUCACACUUGGGUUGAGACAUACUCUUGUCGUAGAGAAUGUUGCUAAAAUAAAAUAGCGCUCACACAUUUCAUAUAAAGAGGCACCAUUUCUUCAGGCCUAUAACGGAGAUGCUACAGGGAACGGUCUUACAUUAAAGACAUUUAGCAGACGAUCUUAUCCAGAGCAACUUACAGAAGUGAAUAUAUACAUCUUUGUACUGAUCCACCGUAGGAAUCGAACCCACAAGCGUUGCAAGCACCACACUCUACCAAAUCAAAAGUGUAUUUGUCACGUGCGCCGAAUACAACAGGUAGUUAGCUAGCUAGUUACCUGUAACAAAUCGCAAGUAGUUAGCUAGCUAGAUACCUGUAACAAAUCACCAGUAGUUAGCUAGGUAUCUAGCUAGCUAGACCUAACAGUGAAAUCCUUACUUACAAGCCCUUAACCAACAGUGCAAUUUUCAAGUAAAAAAUAGGUAUUAUGUAAACAAUAGAUAAGUAAAUCAAUUUAAAAAACAGUACAAUGAAAGUGAAAUUAACAGUAGCGAGGCUAUAUACAGGUGGUACCAGUACAGAGUCAAUGUGGAGGCUAUAUACAGGGGGUCCUGGUACAGAGUCAAUGUGGAGGCUAUAUACAGGUGGUACCGGUACAGGGUCAAUGUGGAGGCUAUAUACAGGGGGUACCAGUACAGAGUCAAUGUGGAGGCUAUAUACAGGGGGUACCAGUACAGGGUCAAUGUGGAGGCUAUAUACAGGGGGCACCGGUACAGAGUCAAUGUGGAGGCUAUAUACAGGUGGUACCGGUACAGAGUCAAUGUGGAGGCUAUAUGCAGGUGGUACCGGUACAGAGUCAAUGUGGAGGCUAUAUACAGGUGGUACCGGUACAGAGUCAAUGUGGAGGCUAUAUACAGGUGGUACCGGUACAGAGUCAAUGUGGAGGCUAUAUACAGGUGGUACCGGUACAGAGUCAAUGUGGAGGCUAUAUACAGGGGGUCCUGGUACAGAGUCAAUGUGGAGGCUAUAUACAGGGGGGUACUGGUACAGAGUCAAUGUGGAGUCUAUAUACAGGGGGUACUGGUACAGAGUCAAUGUGGAGUCUAUAUACAGGGGGUCCUGGUACAGAGUCAAUGUGGAGGCUAUAUACAGGGGGUACUGGUACAGAGUCAAUGUGGAGUCUAUAUACAGGGGUACUGGUACAGAGUCAAUGUGGAGGCUAUAUACAGGGGGUACUGGUACAGAGUCAAUGUGGAGUCUAUAUACAGGGGGUACUGGUACAGAGUCAAUGUGGAGUCUAUAUACAGGGGGUCCUGGUACAGAGUCAAUGUGGAGGCUAUAUACAGGGGGUACUGGUACAGAGUCAAUGUGGAGGCUAUAUACAGGGGGUACUGGUACAGAGUCAAUGUGGAGUCUAUAUACAGGGGUACUGGUACAGAGUCAAUGUGGAGUCUAUAUACAGGGGGUCCUGGUACAGAGUCAAUGUGGAGGCUAUAUACAGGGGGUACUGGUACAGAGUCAAUGUGGAGUCUAUAUACAGGGGGUCCUGGUACAGAGUCAAUGUGGAGGCUAUAUACAGGGGGUACUGGUACAGAGUCAAUGUGGAGGCUAUAUACAGGGGGUACUGGUACAGAGUCAAUGUGGAGUCUAUAUACAGGGGGUCCUGGUACAGAGUCAAUGUGGAGGCUAUAUACAGGGGGUACUGGUACAGAGUCAAUGUGGAGUCUAUAUACAGGGGGUCCUGGUACAGAGUCAAUGUGGAGGCUAUAUACAGGGGGUACUGGUACAGAGUCAAUGUGGAGUCUAUAUACAGGGGGUCCUGGUACAGAGUCAAUGUGGAGGCUAUAUACAGGGGGAUACUGGUACAGAGUCAAUGUGGAGUCUAUAUACAGGGGGUACUGGUACAGAGUCAAUGUGGAGUCUAUAUACAGGGGGUCCUGGUACAGAGUCAAUGUGGAGGCUAUAUACAGGGGGGUACUGGUACAGAGUCAAUGUGGAGUCUAUAUACAGGGGUACUGGUACAGAGUCAAUGUGGAGUCUAUAUACAGGGGGUCCUGGUACAGAGUCAAUGUGGAGGCUAUAUACAGGGGGGUACUGGUACAGAGUCAAUGUGGAGUCUAUAUACAGGGGGUACUGGUACAGAGUCAAUGUGGAGUCUAUAUACAGGGGGUCCUGGUACAGAGUCAAUGUGGAGGCUAUAUACAGGCACCGGUUAGUCGGGCUAAUUGCACAUGUAGGUAUAGUUAAAGUGACUAUACAUAGAUGAUAAACAGAGAGUGGCAGCAGCGUAAAAGAGGGGUUGGCGGGACACAAUGCAAAUAAUUCAGGUAGCCAAUGGGCCACCGUCUGGUCGGGCUAAUUGAGGUAAUAUGUAGUUGAAUGUAUUGAGCCACAUGGCGAUCUCACCAUACAUAACGAUGACUGAAUACGCGGCGAGUUAUUGGCCUAACAUUAAACACGAUCGCGGUUAUCAAAUAAAUCUUCAUUUGGGAUCAAUUUUACACAACAUGUUACAUAAAUAUGUAUCUGCAGAAAGACAAAAAUGUCAUUUGAAAAUGACGGAGAAGAUGAAAUCUGUUCCCAUUAAUUCAAUGCUACGAUAGUCCAUUAUUAUAAUUCAUUAACACAGCAGGUAUGCAAGGGACACAUUAUGUUGAAAUUGAACACGACAUUUAGUAUAGUAGAAAAUAGCAGAUAUAGAUAAUGUUUUUUAUUUUGACUGUAUCUGUCUUGGAAUGAGCUUGACCUAUGGAGACAUAGCCUGGUCCCAGAUCAGUUUAUGCUGUCUGGUCGACCCCUAUGGUCCUGACUCACCAUAGGAGUUAAUAAAAACAGAACAGAUCUGGGACCAGGCUAGAGAAUCCAUGCUUCAUCAAUCAGAUUAGCAACGCAGCCCCACCUCUCCUACUGUAACUGUGAUCCUGCUGCCUGUGAUGUGGUGAACAUUGGAUGGACUUGGAUGUGUUUCUUAGAGCGUCUAACAGCUCCUCUCCUAUUUAUUUCCCAAGUACCUUAUAAAGACCAAACUGAUUGAUGUGGCAAUAUAUGACCUCUAUUGUACUACUGUUCUUCAUACCAUUGCUUUGUGCUGUUAUUUACUGGUUUUUACAUUUCUAGUGAUGAUAAAAAAGCAUAUUUUUAGUAAGUAUCCUUUGCUUUGAUAUAGGUGACAUUUGUAAUUUGACAACUUUGUGAGGGAAAAGUGAAAAAUAAACAUCUUUAAAAAAUAUA